GCGUCGUCAGUCAGGCGAGAGAGGCGGCGGCGGCGGCGGGCAUGGAGCUGGCAAGCCCGCGCUGAGGCGGGACGCGCCUGCUAGCAGCCAGCGGAGGCUCAACGCCGGCCGGCGCGCGGGCUCCGCAGCCGCGGCCAGGCAAACUUUUCUCUCUCGUUUCCCUCUGCAGAGGCGCCUUCCCCGGCGGGCGGACCGACUCCUCGGCGCGGCGGGGCCGGGGCAAGCUGGCCGCAGCAUGAUGCGCGCAGUGUGGGAGGCGCUGGCGGCUCUGGCGGCCGUGGCGUGCCUGGUGGGCGCGGUGCGCGGCGGGCCCGGGCUCAGCAUGUUCGCGGGCCAGGCGGCGCAGCCCGACCCCUGCUCGGACGAGAACGGCCACCCGCGCCGCUGCAUCCCCGACUUCGUCAACGCGGCCUUCGGCAAGGACGUGCGCGUGUCCAGCACCUGCGGCCGGCCCCCGGCGCGCUAUUGCGUGGUGAGCGAGCGCGGCGAGGAGCGGCUGCGCUCCUGCCACCUCUGCAACGCGUCGGACCCCAAGAAGGCGCACCCGCCUGCCUUCCUCACCGACCUCAACAACCCGCACAACCUGACGUGCUGGCAGUCCGAGAACUACCUGCAGUUCCCGCACAACGUCACGCUCACGCUGUCGCUCGGCAAGAAGUUCGAGGUGACCUACGUGAGCCUGCAGUUCUGCUCGCCGCGGCCCGAGUCCAUGGCCAUCUACAAGUCCAUGGACUACGGGCGCACGUGGGUGCCCUUCCAGUUCUACUCCACGCAGUGCCGCAAGAUGUACAACCGGCCGCACCGCGCGCCCAUCACCAAGCAGAACGAGCAGGAGGCCGUGUGCACCGACUCGCACACCGACAUGCGCCCGCUCUCGGGCGGCCUCAUCGCCUUCAGCACGCUGGACGGGCGGCCCUCGGCGCACGACUUCGACAACUCGCCGGUGCUGCAGGACUGGGUCACGGCCACCGACAUCCGCGUGGCCUUCAGCCGCCUACACACGUUCGGCGACGAGAACGAGGACGACUCGGAGCUGGCGCGCGACUCGUACUUCUACGCCGUGUCCGACCUGCAGGUGGGCGGCCGCUGCAAGUGCAACGGCCACGCGGCCCGCUGCGUGCGCGAUCGCGACGACAGCCUGGUGUGCGACUGCAGGCACAACACAGCCGGCCCCGAGUGCGACCGCUGCAAGCCCUUCCACUACGACCGGCCCUGGCAGCGCGCCACGGCCCGCGAGGCCAACGAAUGCGUGGCCUGUAACUGCAACCUGCACGCCCGGCGCUGCCGCUUCAACAUGGAGCUCUACAAGCUGUCGGGGCGCAAGAGCGGCGGCGUCUGCCUCAACUGCCGCCACAACACGGCCGGCCGCCACUGCCACUACUGCAAGGAGGGCUACUACCGCGACAUGGGCAAGGCCAUCACCCACCGGAAGGCUUGCAAAGCUUGCGACUGCCACCCCGUGGGUGCCGCCGGCAAGACCUGCAACCAGACCACAGGCCAGUGUCCCUGCAAGGAUGGCGUGACGGGCAUCACCUGCAAUCGCUGUGCCAAAGGCUACCAGCAGAGCCGCUCCCCCAUCGCCCCCUGCAUAAAAAUCCCUGUGGCACCACCAACCACAGCAGCCAGCAGUGUGGAGGAGCCGGAAGACUGCGAUUCCUACUGCAAGGCCUCCAAAGGGAAGCUGAAGAUCAACAUGAAGAAGUACUGCAAGAAGGACUAUGCCGUGCAGAUCCACAUCCUGAAGGCGGACAAGGCGGGGGACUGGUGGAAGUUCACGGUGAACAUCAUCUCCGUGUACAAGCAGGGCGCGAGCCGCAUCCGGCGCGGUGACCAGAGCCUGUGGAUCCGCUCGCGGGACAUCGCCUGCAAGUGCCCCAAAAUCAAGCCGCUCAAGAAGUACCUGCUGCUGGGCCACGCGGAGGACUCUCCGGACCAGAGCGGCAUCGUGGCGGACAAGAGCAGCCUGGUCAUCCAGUGGCGGGACACGUGGGCGCGGCGGCUGCGCAAGUUCCAGCAGCGCGAGAAGAAGGGCAAGUGCAAGAAGGCCUAGCGCGGCGGCGGCGGGACCCCGCGGGGACCGGGGCGCGCGCGGCCUGCCCGGGGCGGGGCCAGGCGGGGCGGGGCCGCGGGCGCCCGGGGGCGGGGCUCUUGGCGUCCCCGCCCCCGUGCGGGCCGGGCCCUGGCGGGAUGAGGACGACACUUUAGCUACCUCACGGGGCGCCCCCCGGAGCAGGGACGCCCUUCCCCGGGGCCGAGGCGGGGAGGGGGGGGUCGCCGUGGAGGAGCCGGGGCAGCCUGACCUGGGGCCCGAGGGCGGGAUCCAGAAGCCCCCCGGGCCAGGGGGCGGGAGGAGAACUGUGAGCUCCCAGGCCCCCAGCCCCGAGCAGCCCCCUUUUCCCCCUGGCCCCGAAUGAGGGGUCCCACGGAGGUCCUGGCAGGCGCUGCGCGGAGGGGACGCAGCCCGUCCAACCAGCACCCCCUGCCCCACGUGGCUCCUGGUCUCCGUUGCUACCUGCGUGUGGAGUUGGCUCUCCCGGGGGGGCCUAGGGGUGGGGAUGGGGGGUUCACCAACUGCUGAGAUGAGGGAGAGAAGGCUCUGCUGUCCUGUCCCUCCCCCCGCCCAGCUGGGGGCUGGGCACUGGGCCCCAGGACACCCCAAGAAGCCCAAGCCGGGUGGUCACUGCCUGUUAGAGGAGGCGUUGCGAAGGCAAAACCUCCCAGAGAGUUUCCUUUUUGGAAACUUGGAACCAGCCCCUCUUAUGAUGUUUUCUAGGGGAGAGGAGGGGGCAGGGGCAUGGGCUGGGUGUGCAGCAGUGAUGCUAUUUGUGUAAUGACAUCAGCUCCCACAAGGCCCCUCAGCAAUGUCAACAGCUGGGAAGGGC